CUGAAUUAAUAAAAGAGCAGGGAAUGAAAAUUGUACAUCAAAUAUUUUUCAAAAGCAAUUCCAUCGAUUUAAUUACGAGUUCUCGAUGAUGGGCUGAAUUUUACUGUUGCCUUCAUUGUUGUGCCCUCGUCUCCAUGGCAACCGGAAAAAUGGAUCCCAUCAAGCUGAUUGUCGUCGGUCCUGCUGGGGUAAAUCAUCGGAAUUCCCAAAACCCCUGGAUAAUAUUUAAAUUCAGGAUUUAUUUUCAGAGUGGAAAAACGACAGUUGCGAAUUUUUUGGCUGACGCCAGUGAGAUCCCCUUCGAGUACAGGCCAACCCAGGGUGUCAGGAUCCUCGAGUUCGAUGUGUCAAACGUCAACACGAAGACGAAUCAAUCGAAAGUGGACAUCGAGCUCUGGGACUGCAGUGGAGAUCGCAGGUUUGAGAGCUGUUGGUCAGCCUUCAGGAGAGACACCCAGGGGGUGAUCUUCGUGUACUCGAAGCUGACGCCCGACCUCGUCUGGGAAUUGGAGAAGCUCUACGAUUAUUUCGUUUCCCAGACGAAGCUGGAGCCGAAGAACUGCGUGGUGUUUUACUUCGCGGGAGACAAGUCCCACCUGGACCCCCCAAAACGGAUAUCCCCAACAUUCGCUAAAAUAUCUCAAGUGAACUGCAACAUCGAGGACGACGGAAAUAAAUUGAAGAGCGAUUUCCAGACCUUCCUGGGGACCCUGAUGACGAUGAUCCAGGAGAGGAAGGAGCAGGAGGAGAGCAUCAUCCUCAGAGGCAACACGACCUUCAGAUAAAAAUAAAAAUAGGCGAAAAAUUCAUCAACAACCCCAACAAUUUUCAUUCAGAAUUCCCACUGUACACGUAAAACUAUUAACAAAAUGGCAAUUGA